GCACUGAUGUCACAGGAAGCGGGGAGGUUUCCCUUCGGCUCCCGAGCGCUUCCAACCUGACCGGGCUCCGAGCCUUUGGACUCAGACCGCUUUCCUCUCCCUUCCCUCGAGGUCGGGCUCGGGAUCCUGACGCUUUUUCUCCUUGGGGUUGGCUCAUCCCGGUCGCUCUGCUUUUUGCCUUUGGACGAGAGAGAGGGAGAGACGAGCGGCAGCCACUCUCCAUUCACACACGCGGAGGUCCGGACUUGUUCUUUGCGGCUACAUUUUUGCUGGACUACAGCACAAAACGACAUUGCCUAGAUUGAGUGAUGGAGGCCAAAUGGAUCAUACAACUACUACUCUUCUUCAUCAUUGACUCGGUUCAGGUCACAGCCAUUCCAGAAGAAAAGGAAGGGAACUCUACUGAUGAACACUAUCUAGCAAGUGAUAAAAAUGUGACAGACGAGCUCCAUUCCCUAGGUGUUACCAUGAAUAAAAUCAUGGUAGCACAGUUUGAAUGUUACCAGAAAAUUAUGCAGACUCCAGUAAAUGACAAUCAAGAACCUCACUGCAACAGAACAUGGGAUGGAUGGUUGUGCUGGGAUGAUGUUCCUGCUGGAAAAACAGCAGUGCAGAACUGUCCUGACUACUUCCAGGACUUUGACACCUCAGAAAAAGUUUAUAAGACAUGUGAAGAUAAUGGACACUGGUUUCUACACCCUAAGAGUAACAGAACAUGGACAAACUACACACGCUGUAGUGAAGAAAUACCAUCUAAAUUGCAGACAGCUUUGAAUUUGUAUUAUCUCACUAUCAUUGGGCAUAGCCUUUCCAUUGUUUCACUUUUGAUUUCUCUUGUCAUAUUCUUUUAUUUUCAGAGCCUGAGUUGCCAGAGGAUCACUUUGCAUAAAAAUCUCUUUUUCUCCUUUGUUUGCAACUCUGUGGCUACAAUCAUCUGUCUGACAGGAGUUGCCAGCAAUCAACAGCUUGUUGCCGCGAAUCCUGUUGGAUGCAAGGUAGCCCAUUUCUUCCAGCUUUAUUUUAUGAUGUGCAAUUACUUCUGGAUGCUCUGUGAAGGCAUUUACCUGCACACGCUCAUUGUGGUGGCUGUAUUUGCAGAAAAACAGCACUUGCUGUGGUAUUACCUUCUUGGAUGGGGUUUCCCACUGAUUCCUGCUUGCAUACAUGCAGUAGCAAGAAGGAUAUACUUCAAUGACAACUGCUGGAUCCGUUCAGACACGCAUCUGUUGUACAUUGUCCAUGGUCCAAUUUGUGCUGCUUUGUUGGUGAAUCUCUUUUUCCUCUUGAACAUUGUUCGGGUUUUGAUAACCAAACUCAAGGUCACCCACCAGGCAGAAUCCAAUCUCUACAUGAAGGCUGUCCGAGCCACCCUCAUAUUGGUGCCACUUCUUGGCAUUGAAUUUGUGCUGGUUCCCUGGCGACCAGAGGGCCGCAUCGCUGAAGAGAUUUAUGACUAUGUGAUGCAUAUCCUCACGCACUAUCAGGGCUUGCUUGUGGCGACAAUUUUCUGCUUCUUUAAUGGAGAGGUCCAGUCUGUACUGAGAAGGAACUGGCAUCAAUUCAAGUUCCAAUUUGAACACAGUUUUGCCCACUCGGAUGCUCUUCGCUCAGCUUCGUACACCGUGUCCUCUUCAAUCACUGAUGCUCAGAGCUUCACCUAUAGUCAUGAUUGCAACAGUGAACAUUUAAAUGGGAAAAACUAUCACGACAUGGACAACGUGAUAUUCAAAGCUGAAAAGUUGUAUGGCUGAAUUGAGAAGACUCUUUAUGCCCAACCCACCCGUAAUGUUUUGCGUGGAUACCUUUAUGAUGAAAGAGGAUCUUCUUUUUUGUUCGUUUUCUUUUUUGUCAAGUGUUGUCGGAAAUGGUUGUCCUUGAAAGAUGGAGUGAAUUUGAGUCUCGCACCUGCACAUGCAGUAACUUACCUUGGCGUCUGUGGGUUUGCUCUUGGUUGUUUGUACACUGGAGCAGGUCAUGCCCAUCAACUGAACGUUGGAACAGCUUUGAGUCCUGGAUUCCCCGCAUUGAAAGAAAUACUGGUUGAAAUUUGGGAUCAGUCACGCUCUAGGUAUAUGCAGACGAAUGUGUAUGUUUUUUUUACAUAUGAAGACGUAUCAAGAUAGAUCAAUGUUGCCAAUUCAGUUUCUACUGUGUAGACAAAGUGGGCAAUUAUUUUGUAUGAAGGGAAUCAAAGAAAAGUUCCUUAUUUUUUUCCCCACCAGUUUGUAUUAUGACUGGGCUUUCCUGGAGGUCGUUUUGUUUGUUGACAAAAAAACCCCUUGUAAAUAUUGUAUUUAUCAUAUUGUGUUGUCUUAAGUGCAGCCAACAGAGAUGUUGAGAAAGGAUGCAGUCAUGGCAAAGCAUUCUUCAUGUUGUCUGUGCAACAUUUAAUUCUGACAAAGAUAGGAAAAAUCUGCGAUAUUUUAAACUGCGAGUGUUGUAAAGCUGUUAGAAAUUUUAGGGCCAGCACUGUAUGAUAUACCUCUGCCUUUUUGCCUCCACAGAGAGCCUCUCAUAAGAAAGAAUGGAUGACUAGAGUCACAAUCCUUGGUUUCCAUUAUUCUCUUCUAAGCAUGGCACGUCUGUGGAGUAUCCAUGCUUGCAUUAGUUUCCUUUCCUUCAAAAGAACUUAUUUGAUUUCUUCUCAUGCCUUGGUAUGACUCUCUCCAGUAACGUGAAUGCUUACGUAGUCACUUUUUUUGUGAACUGGAGCAUAUCAACAGAAUUGAACAGCCUCUGUAGGGUUGAUUCUGGUGACUGUGGCUGUUUGAUAUUUAAUAAAUCAAUUAGGCAUUGUGCUUACCUCAAAGACCUGUAAUCCUUACCUACUUAGUAAAAAGAAAAAGAAGUUGGCACUCUUAAAUAUUUCAGGCUGGUUUCCUUGGCCAGAUGUUUAGCCUCAGAGGAAGAUUAGCAGACAAUAAGCUAUGCAGUCUUCUGAGGUACAAGUUGUGUAUAUAUAUUUGGAGAGGUGAUGACAUGAAAUGCAAAUAGUUAUAUUGAUUUCAGAAAAUAUGCGGAUCCGUUGAAGGAUUUCCCAUAUGUGAUAUGGGUAUCAAAGGUCUAAACCGUGACUUAGACAAUAGGGAACUAAAAUUAAGUGUGUAUGUUAACUGAUACACCUAUCUGGUCAUUACUAUCUUUAUAAUAUGAACAAAGUUGAUGACUAAUGUGUGUCCAAAGAUAAGUGAGAUGAAUUCCGAAUGACUAUUUUUAUCUGAGUGUAAACUGCCUAUAUAAGAUGGAGAGUACUGGAGGUCAUUGUUUGGCAGAAGUAAAAGCAGUUGAUGGACAGGAAUCACACCUGAAGUGCAUCUACACUGUAGAAUUAAUGGAGUUUGAUACCUCUUUACUGUUAUUACUUGAUGUUAUGAAAACCUGGAAUUUGCAGUUUGGUAAGGCGCUAGCACACUUUACCAGAUGGGACUAAAGUCCUGAUGAACCUACUCAUCCCAGGGUCCCAUAGCAUUGAGCCAUGUCCAUUCAAGUGAGAUCAAACUGCAUUGAUUCUAUAGCUGCAGCUAGCAUAAAACUCUAUCCCUCCACCAUUUAUUUUCACAGACACAAAGAAAUCAUAGGAGGGAAUUGAAAUCAUACUUAGGUGAUCCCUCAUAGACCAAGGAUGAUGGUCCUCCAAGCGCAGUGUCUUGGCGGUGGGUCCGUAGGUGGCUGUGGAGCCCUACUCUUGAUCUGCAUGUUCUCCUACAGCGAAGACAUCGAUUUCCAGACAGAAGGCAGUCCCAGUCAGGGUUGACUUGAUGCGCCUUCCUCUUGGCAUGUUUUUCCCUUAAGCCCUCCAUUUGUGCCUCUUCAAAUUCUGCAGCACUGCUGGUCACAGCUGACCUCCAGUUAGAGCGCUCAAGGAGCACUCUAACUGAAAUCAUAGGAGAGAAUUGAAGAAAUUUUUGACCUAGAAAUGCGUUUUCUAUUAGAAGAGACCAAAUGAUGGUAAAGUGAUCACAGUUGACACCUCGUUUUAAGCUAGGAUUUGCAUUGGUUUUUGUAUAAGGAUUGAUUUUUUAAAAAGCAAUAGAAUUCUCUUGCCAUUUACCCCGAAAUUUUUCUUUUUAAAAUUGAUAGAAAUUUUAUCUGAAAAGGUAUACAUUUCAUUCUGGCACAUGAAAACACAUCAACGGCAAAUGGUCUUGACACCAGAAAAGAUGUGAUUUGUUUUCAAAACUUGCUUGGAAAUAUGCAUCUACACACACCACUACAAUUGUCAUGGCUCAAUACGAAGAAAUAGUGGAAGCUACAUUUUUUACAAGAUCUUUAGCCAUCUCUGGCAUAAGAAUACUGGGGCCUUACCAUAUACAACUCCCAUAACAUUGAGCCAUGCCAGUUAAAGUGGUGGUAAACUGUUUUAAUUCUACAGUUUUAAUUAACCCCAUAGUCAAGCUGAUUAAAUCCAUUAUAAGGGAUGGUGUAUCUUGACUGGAUGCAGGAUUAUACCUAAAUACAAUUGUGGAAGAAGCUUAAUGAGAUUCGUUGUGUAAGUGCUGAUAUAUUCCUUAUUAUCUUGAACAAUGUUAUAAUGCUGCAUCUGGGAAUCAAGUGGCUUUCUAGAUAAUGUUAGACUACAGCUGCCUUCAGCAGGGAUUAGACAACUGUAAAAAGCAUAGGGGGCACAUUAGCCCACCAGGAGAUCCUGGUGGCCACAUCUCCCUCUCCAUGUCUUCAUCAAAAAGACGGUUUGCCCUUGAACUCCUUGAAUAAUAUUUUUGUCAUUAUUAAUGAUUGACUCAAGAAAGGAAUUUUUGGCAACAGAAUCAUUGCAAGUACAUAGAUUGCACUUGGCCCAAUGCGCCCACUUGACCUAUCCAUUGCAGCCAAUGAGCAAAGCUGGGAAAUGCGGUUUACCAGUACCUGGAGGAUCACUUUAUUCCCAUCCCUGACUUACAUUAAGAAGUGCUAUAUUCAGUAGUUAACUCCAUUGUGGUUAUUUUUAAAAAGAAAAUAAAGAUUAUGGUUUGGAAAAAGAUGUAAGAGUUCUAUAAAUAUUCUGGAGCUACCAUGGUGUGAUGGUUUGAGCACUGGACUAGGACUCGAAACCCCACUUGGCUGUGAAAACUCACCGGGUGACCUUGGAUAAGUCUCACUCUCUCAGACAAAGGCAACGGCAAUCCUCUGAUCAAACUUUCCCAAGAAAACCCAACGAUAAAGGCCACCUUAGAGUUUGUCUUCAGUCGGAAACAAGUUGGGGCAAACAACAAAUAUUUAGAAGUAAAUAUAAUUGUAGAAUGUAGAUCUUUGUGAAAUGCUUUGUUUUUAACAAAUAUUUCUGGUAUAUUGAAAAUCAAGUUUUGGAAAUGCAGGAAUUCCUGAAAAGUCAAAGGAAAAAAAUGCAUGUUUUUUAAAACCCUCUGUACUUCAUUUAAUGUGAAAGAACAAGAGACAUUUUGCGACUUCCACUGUUGAAAGAUGUUCUCAUAAUUAAUGUUUUUCUGCCUUAUGAAAAGAGCUGACCAGGGAUGAAAUGAGUUUCUUCAUCUUUCUCAGAAUAACAUCUGGUUUUUAAAUAUUAUGUUGGAAGAUGAAAUGAGUAAUUUCCUUGUUUCUCAGAGCUGUGUAUUAUUAAUUGUCAUUCAUUGACAGCGAAUUUAUUAGCCUUUGUGAUGCUUAGAAGAAUGAAAGUUCCCAAGUUACAAACAAGAUAGGUUUUGUACAUUUGUUCUUAAACUGAAUUUAUAUGAAAGUCGGAAGUGGUACAUUUUCUAAAUAUAACUCCAGCUGUGUGUAUAUAUGUGUGUGUGUGUGUGUGUGUGUGUGUGUGUGCGCGCGCGCGCGCGUGUGUGUGUGUGUGUAUAUAUAUAUAUGUAUAUAUAUAUAUAGGGAGCCCCUGGUAGUACAGUGGGUUAAACCGCUGAGCUGCUGAAGUUGCUGACCGAAAGGUUGGCAGUUCGAAUCCAGGGAGCGGAGUGAGUUCCCACUAUUUUCCCCAGCUUCUACCAAACUAGCAGUUCGAAAACAUGCAAAUGUGAGUAGAUCAAUAGGUACCGCUUUGAUGGGAAAGUAAUGGCGAUCCAUGUAGUCAUGCUGGCCACAUGACCUAGGAGGUGUCUAUGGACAACAGUGGCUCUUCGGCUUAGAAAUAGACCAACCCCCAGAGUCGGACACAACUAGACUGAAUGUCAGGGGAAACCUUUACAUUUAUGAUAUAUAUAUACACACACACACACACACACACACACACAUACAGAGAGAGAGAGAGAGAGACUUAGCUUAAGGAAGAGUUAACACUCCUAAUUCAUUUGUUUUGCUUUCAGAAGUUUUCACCUCAUUUUCUGUCCCUCUGAUAACUGAAUUUUGAAAAAAAUUACUUAUUGUGGAAACAAUGAUUGGUGAUAAAGCUUCAGUUAAGCCACCCUUUCCCCCUGAUAACUGUUUUAGGAGUGAAUUUCCCUUUCUAGGAGUAGACUUCUCUCAGUUCCUGUUUUCUCACCCCCCAUUCUUAACUAUGAAUCAUUUGUACGUCAGAAGCUUGUAACUCUGGGCCUGCCUGUAAUUGUCACAUUUGAUUGGAAAAUACUGAUUCACUGAAUGCUCGACAUUUUGCUCUUACAGUAGAUGGUAGUUGACUAGAUAAUGAAAUAGCUAUUUAAAGUCAUUGAAUUUUCUGCACCAAUUAUGUGUUUAUUGUGAAAAGCACAGCCAUGCUUAUGCAGACUUAAUCAGCACAGAAAAACACAAAAUUCACUUUAGAAUAUUUGUCUUUGUGAAAACGAUGACAGUAUUAGCCAUUAUUGAAGGUUACAGUGGUAGGCUUAAAAGCACAUGCUCAGAAUUGAGAAAAGCACAACAUUCUACCAAAAUAUUCUUCUGGACCAAGCUCAAGAUUAGCAAGGAAUUUUUUUGCAAACUAAUCCAAUUUGGCUGAAUGUCUAUAUUGUGGUUGUCAAAUAUUACCUUGCUUGUAAACAUUGUAUAUAUGGUUGUUGUAUGUCUUUCGGGCUGUGUGGCCAUGUUCCAGAAGUAUUCUCUCCUGAUGUUUCGCCCACAUCUAUGGCAGCCAUAACUCACAACCUCUGAGGAUGCCUGCCAUAGAUGUGGGCGAAACGUCAGGAGAGAAUACUUCUGGAACAUGGCCACACAGCCCAAAAGACAUGCAACAACCCUGUGAUCCCGGCCAUGAAAGCCUUCGACAACACAUUGUAUAUAUGCAUUAGCCCAAAGUAUAUAUGUUGUUGGGAAUCAAAUCCAAAAAGGCCCUAUUUCAGUUAUACUGGAUGUAUUUUUUUAAAAUAAUGAUACACAGAGUCUGCUAUUUGCUCUAGCCAUGACAUCACUGAUGGAUGGUUGUUUGUUUUACAGCUUUUUUCCAUGGGGUUUUAGUCAUGGGUGUGGUCCUAUAGAGGUUUGUCUCUGCCUUUCCGGACAAGAAGAAACUCUAAUGUGACAGAAAACCCUGGAAUGUCCUUCUCUUUUUGGAUUUUAAUCUCAUUGCCUACACAAUAUCGAGGAGAAAUCUUAUUGCCUGCACAAAUUUAAGGAGAAAAGAGAAUUUGUUGUGUCCAAGGUUAUUUUGGUCAACAGAGCACAUCUAUGACUUUCUUUUAUGAGUUAGGAAUGCUCAACGGUGCAAUAUGGAACACAUGUGUACAUCUGGAAGUUUUCUUUUAUAGAAAACCAUGGAAAAGCAUUGGGAAGAAGCCCAUGUUUCUCAUUAGGACAGUCACACAUCAGAAGAACCCUACUUUGAGUCAUCCCUUUCCUGCACUUAUAUGGAGAUUAGAACACUUUAACUUUGGUGCUGAACUUCUUAUCAGAUUAGCAUCUCAGGGCUCUCUGCGUGGUAAUUAUAUUGUCUCUUUUUCACUUUUGGAUUUUCAGGUGAAUAUAUGAAUAUAUGAACUGCCUUUUCUGAAAAGUAUUGCAUUCGUGUGACUAUUAGGUAGCAAGAAAGCUUUCUCUUAUGGUUUAUUCAGUCUCAUAUGGAGGGCUUUUAAAAGUUAAUCUUCAGGACUAUAUAUCCCAGAAUCCUAUAGCAUCAGACAUGUUGGAGUUCUGGAACUUCUAUUCCAAAAAUAAAAUUUCCAAGUUCAGCCUACAAGCCAUAGUUGGAUAUUGCAAUUUGCAGUCAACUAAAACAUGUGUGAAACAACUUGGUUGGUUUGAAUGCAGGGAAUGAACUCACUUGUUUGACAAUCGAAAUGUUGUUGUUUGCUUGAUAUAUUACCUUACCAAUGUGAAUAAGCAUCUUGGAAUAAUGACCUCUAUGAAGGUGGCUCAAAGCUUUUUUUUUUUGAGUGGUUAUUUCAGUUAAUCACUGAAAAUGUAUAAUGUGGGGAGGAGUCAGAUGAGAAUUUUAAGGCUCUCAUCUGACGUUUAGUACCUAAUAAUAAUGAAUGUGUAAAUUCUAAUGUUGAUGAAUAGUACUCCAAAUGAAUGAAUUAUCUAUUUUUGUGCAGAUGCCUUCAAUUAAUAAAAUGUCAGAAAUGGCAAAUAA